GCGGCGCGCUGAGCGCAGCCGGCAGACUGGCGCAGAUCUGAUCGGAGGAUGGCGCAGCUGGAGCUUUUCAGCGCAGGGCGGCUGCAGGUGCGGAGAAAGUUGUGUCUGUAGCGCAGCAGCUGCCAGAGGAGCCAUGCAGCAGAAUGAGAGUGCUGUCCAAACUGUGGCUCCAGAGUCAUGCCAGCAGCAGAUGUUCCAGGAGGACUCCUCAGGAAACAACCUGUCGCUGCACUGCUGGCUGCAGCUCCUCAGCAGGGAGUCCAUCAUGGAGUUCCAGGGAGACAGCUCCAGCGUGGUGGUGCGCGUGAUGAUUGCGUGCGUGUACUCCAUUGUCUGCGCGCUGGGACUGGUGGGGAACUCUUUGGCUCUGUACCUGCUCCACUCCCGCCACAGGCAGAAGCAGUCGUCCAUCAACUGCUUCGUCAUGGGCCUGGCCAUCACAGACCUGCAGUUUGUUCUGACUCUGCCCUUCUGGGCCGUGGACACCGCCCUGGACUUCCGCUGGCCUUUUGGGAAAGUUAUGUGUAAGAUUAUCAGCUCGGUGACCACCAUGAACAUGUAUGCCAGUGUUUUUUUCCUCACGGCCAUGAGUGUGGCACGCUACUACUCCAUCUCCUCCGCUUUGAAGAUGCACAGCCGGCGGGCAGCAGCGACCAGGGCCAAGUGGACCAGCCUGGGCAUCUGGGCUGUUUCCAUCUUGGCCACUUUGCCCCAUGCCAUCUACUCCACCAGCGUCGAGGUGUCGGAUGAGGAGCUCUGCCUGGUGAGAUUCCCAGACUCGGGCAGCUGGGAUCCACAGCUUCUCCUGGGUCUGUACCAGCUGCAGAAGGUGCUGCUGGGUUUCCUGAUCCCCCUCAUCAUAAUCACCGUCUGCUACCUCCUUCUGCUGCGCAUCAUCCUCACCAGGCGCAUAGUAGGAGCGGCAGACCCAGAGGUCAAGCAGGGCCGGCAGAACCGGCGCUCCAAGGUCACCAAAUCCAUCGCCAUUGUGGUUCUGUCCUUUUUUUUGUGCUGGCUGCCUAAUCAGGCACUGACGCUGUGGGGGGUACUCAUCAAGUUUGACCUUGUGCCAUUCAGCAAGGCAUUCUACAACGUGCAGGCCUACGCCUUCCCGCUGACCGUGUGCCUGGCACACACCAACAGCUGCCUCAACCCCGUCCUCUACUGUCUCAUUCGCCAGGAAUUCCGGGCCGGCCUCAAAGAACUUCUCCUCCACGCCACGCCAUCCUUCCGGAGCGUGACUCACCUGCUGCGACGCAAAACCAAAGUGGCUGAGGCGCCACCUGUCCUGGUUCUGGUCCAGAUGGAUGUCUGACUGGAAGGAUAAGCCAAGCCUCAAACUGCUGAGCUUGUAUUGAUCUGGAGCUGCUGGCUAUGAGGUGCAGCUGUUCUCUGCUGGCGCGUACAAUCCCAUCUUUUCCUGGGUUUAAAGACAACAUAUUGACGAGCGGCAGGGGACUCCUUUUGUUGGCGCUCUCUGUGUCUGACAUGCAGCAAAGUGGCGUGGACAUUCUCUCUGCCACUCGGUGUGUCUGUGCUUCAGUGUUUGUUCUGUACAGAUGUGGCAGAUUAAAUCUAAUCCAUUAUUGACUAAAAAAGAUUAUGUGGAGAUUGAGUUU